AUGGCGUUGAACAAGCGGAGGCUCGCGGGCCUCACUCAGCCCAUCGGGCUCAUCUCGAAAAAGCAGCUGGUCCCGUUGAUUCGUUCCCGGAAAGGCGAGGAUUUGAAGUGUCAAGACGGUGGCCGACUUCCCAAAAAAAGGGUUGCGAAAAAAUCGUGCGCCGCUCAUCAGUUCUACUGCUCCGAAAACCAGCCACGUCGCCGUUUCAAACUUGUCAAACUCAAACCGUUCGGUAUGGCGGGGAAGCUUAUGCGUGCUGUUCAGUACGAGGGUUAUGGCGGUGGAGCUGCUGGUUUGAAGCACGUUGAAGUUCCAGUUCCUAGACCUAGUAAGGGUGAGGUCCUGCUAAAGUUGGAAGCUACUAGCUUAAAUCCCAUUGAUUGGAAAACUCAGAAGGGCGUACUUCGUCCUUUUCUUCCUCGAAAGUUUCCGUUUAUACCUGCUACUGAUGUAGCUGGAGAAAUAGUGGAAGUUGGAGCUGGAGUCGAAAGUUUCAAACCUGGCGACAAAGUUGUAGCCAUGCUGAGUCAUACUACAGGGGGUGGCCUGUCUGAAUACGGAGUAGCCAAGGAAAACCAGACCGUACCAAGGCCCCCAGAAGUCCCCGCUCCCGACGCCGCGGGCCUCCCGAUCGCGGGCCUCACGGCCCACAUGGCCCUCACGCAGACCGCGGGGCUCAAACUCGACGGUACCGGGCCUCGGAAAAACAUCCUAGUCACCGCCGCCUCGGGUGGCGUGGGCCACUACGCCGUCCAGCUGGCGAAGCUCGGCAACGCGCAUGUCACCGCCACAUGUGGGGCCCGCAACCUCGACCUCGUCCGGAGCCUCGGGGCCGACGAGGUCCUCGACUACAAGACUCCGGAAGGUUCCGCCCUCCGGAGCCCUUCAGGUAAAAAGUACGACUUUGUGGUCCACUGCGCCUCGGCUUUCCCUUGGUCAGUUUUCGAGCCGAAUCUGAGCGAAAACGGGAAAGUGAUCGAUAUCACGCCGGGGCCUGCCGCCAUGUGGACUUUUGCGGUGAAGAAAAUCACUUUUUCAAAAAAGCAGCUCGUCCCGUUGCUUCUUUUCCCGAAAGGCGAGGAUUUGAAGCGACUGGUCGAGUUGGUGAAAGAAGGAAAGGUUAAGACGGUGAUCGACUCGAAGUUCCCUUUGAGUAAGGCCGAGGAUGCGUGGGCUAAGAGCAUCGACGGGCAUGCCACCGGGAAGAUAAUCGUGGAGCCAUAG